CAGUCCUCUUCAGAAGAAACCAAAGGAAAAAAACAGAUCUUAGUGCAGUAAUCAGCAGUGGAGUUCUCAGUGAUGCCGUGGGUUGUAUUGAUUUUCAUGAUGCAAGGUGCACUCAGCAGCGAGUGGUCUGUCUGGAUGCCCCGACGCAUACCAGCUGUGCGGGGCUCCUGCGUUCUGAUCCCUUGUCGGUUUGAAAUCCCUGACAAGUACAAGUCGGAUCUCACCUCCAGCCCUAGUGCCAUCUGGAGGAGAGGAUCGAUGGAUGGGCCAUACAUCUUCAAUUCCGCUGAUCAUAAGCCCUUUACCCAGGGGACCUUGGAAGGGGACCUGCUGCAGAAGAACUGCACCACCAGGCUUCAGGGUUUCACGGGUGGAAAUGAUACCUAUUUCUUCAGACUGGAAGGUCCAAAUCCUCUCAAGUACAAUUUUAACCCUGGGGUUCAGAUCAUUCAAACAGACACACCUCCCGGUCCAAAGCUGUUCCCCGAGAUGGUGUUGGUGCCGGAGGGGAAGGAAGUCGUGCUCAGCUGCUCUGCUCCAGCCCCCUGCCCCUCCCUGCCCCCCUCCCUGAGCUGGAGCAUCGGGGGCCGGGAGCAACACAGCAUGAACCCCCCUGCAGACGGCCUGCUGACCCUGACCUCCACUCUGACCUUCACAGCCUCACCCAGCCACCAUGGGUCAGGGGUCAGCUGCUCUGUGCAGUACCCCCUGACAACAGGGGGCACCACCGAGAAGGUGCAGAGCAGCAUGACAAUUUCAGUGUCGGAGAUGAAAAAUAAAGACAUCCGGUCUUGUUCCACACUGGGACUGUACAUUCUGUGUGGGGUGAUGAUGUCACUCUGCCUUCUCAGCCUCCCAUUGGUUGUGUGUACUUUUCGAAGCCUGUCCAGAAGACUAACACAGGUAGAGCUCUUGUUGACGAACACAAACUCCAUCUACACUUCCCUGAAAAUGUCCAGCAUGUCAUCUGACUAUGACCAACUUCAGGCCCCUAGAAGCCCCGCCUCCGUGGAAUCUCCCUAUGAGAACCGUGUGGUACAGGAGACAAGAAGAGGAAGACCUGCUCCAUGACAACUCCACAGGAUGCAGGAUCUGCUUAGUCAUCAGCCAUCAUGCUUCCUCCACCUUUGUACCAGUCAGCUUGAAGAUGAUAGAUUUCAUGUGCUCAUUCUAAAUGUAUGCUUGGGUUUUACAAUGUAAUCUGAACAAGUCUCUCUUUCUCUCUCAAAUUCCGUUGGCACAAAGUGUGUUCUUCUCAAAGAACAGGGAAAGGAGUGGGCAAGAAGAAAUCCUGAAAUAAGCAUGACUAGUCCUGUAUCACGUCUUUGAUGGCCUAUACCUCUUAGCUCUGCCUCUGUACCAAUGGGAGUGAUGUGAGGCAGGUGCCUUCUUCUGACACUGCAUCCUAGUUUUACAGUCUAAAAUGUAAUUGUUCAGAAUUGCUCAACAAUCAAAUAUGGAUUAACAUAUCACAAAUUUUGUAUCUGUGUAUCCAUAGUAUUUCAAAGUAAUUCCAUGUUUAAACACAUUAGCGCUUUAGCCUGAAAUGUAUAAAUGUAUGUUGCAUGAAUAAAAUUGUCAAAAUUCUGCCUCAUAGAUGUUAGACAUUCAGCCACGUGCAACCUAAACUUCCGUUAUAUAUCACAGACAGGUCACUGUGUAGGAGAGCCAAACCAUCUGACCAGUGGAGAGAAAAACCAGAGAAUGUGAAGAGGGGGUUUUAGAAGGAUAGGAGUGCUGGGUGAGGGGGCGUCGAAGCUUGAAUGAAGAUGGUGACUCAGGUGAUGUGUCAUGCAUUUUAUAAAAGGGCCCUUCACUUUACAUUUGUGUACACAUUUGGAGAUUGGGCUGUUUUUGAGCCAGGACAGGACAAUGACAUUUACAUACAGUAAGUAUGUUUUUGGGUCCAGAAAGUUUCACUAUAUUGAUAAUAACUAGUGCUGUGUGUAUGUGUACGGGAUGUGUUCAGGAAACAAUUGUAAACUCAUUAAUUGAAUGAAUGAUAACAUGGUGAUUAUUGGAAU